AUGGCUCGAGUCCGAGGGUUUUUGGACUGUUAUGCAAUUGCUCUUUCACAAAGAAACUGUUGCCUGGUUUAUGAUCUUCCCAGGAUUCACUAUUCAGGAUCCAAAAAAUCAAAAUCACCAGCUGAGCUCGUGCGUGAGUUGGUGGAUUACGGGUUUUCUUUGUCGAGUGCUUUCGCAGAAGAAAUUUAUGCCAGAGCUCCCCGAAAAACCGCUGGUGUGAAUGAAGCAGAGGCAGCGAUGCUAUUGAGGAAGCAAAACACCUUUUCCCUUUUAGAGGCUGAUCUUGAUGAAGAUGAAGGCAAUAUGGAGAAGCAAUCUGCUUCGGAAUCUAGAAAGUCAGAUAAAAGACAAAAAAGGUUUAGGAAGAAAAUUGGGGAAUCAGAAGACGACGACGAUGAGGCAUAUUGUUUUCUAUGA